UAGCAAUUAUCUAAAACAACAAGCGUCAUCAUUUCCAUUAAUUUGUUUAUAUUUCAAGACGUUUGUUUUUUAUUGUUAGUUGAGUAGUUGAGUAUUUUCAAAAAUGAGGCUUCAAAUAGCGCUUUUAUUUCUUACCUUUAGUAGUAAGUCGUUAGGUAAUAUUUUGGCUACGACCCAAAAAGGUACAGUACGUGGUAGAUCCAUACAAUCACCAGCUAAUAGGACUUUUUAUGCCUUUACUGGUAUACCAUUUGCUAAGCCACCCUUAGGGAAGCUACGUUUUCAGGCUCCAAUUGAAGUAGAACCUUGGGAUGGUAUUAAGGAUGCUACUGAAGAUCCAAAUAAAUGUUUUCAAGUUAAUAGUGACUCUGACACCGAAAGUGAGGAUUGUUUAUAUGCUAAUGUUUUUACUGCUGCUCUCGACUUGGUUAAUUCUACAAAGAAACUACCAGUGGUUCUUAGUAUCUAUGGAGGUGCAUUCAGAAGCGGUUCUGCUGGUUAUGGAAAAGGAGGUCCCGAUUGGUUCAUAGAAAGAGACAUUAUUUACGUUACGUUCAACUACAGAGUAGGACCAUUUGGAUUUCUUUCAACCAAUGAUCUGGUGAUUCCAGGAAAUGCAGGGUUAAAAGACCAACAAUUAGCUUUAAAAUGGACUUAUGAGAAUAUAGAAUUCUUCGGAGGGAAUAAAAGCCAUAUUACUAUUCAUGGUCAAAGCGCUGGUGCUGCUUCCGUAACUUAUCAGUUGCUAAAUCCUAAAACUCAAGGUUUAAUCGUUGGUGCAUUGGCCGAAAGCGGUUCUGCUUUCUGUCCUUGGGCAUGGCUAAAAGAUAAUACAGCAUACACGAUAAAUUUGGCGCGAAUUGUUAACAAUAACACGGAGCCGUUUAAUACUAGCAGUACAUCAUUGCUAAAGCUUCUUCAACAGGCACCUGCUAGAGCAAUAGAUGCUGCCUCGGGAACCCUUUAUUCACAUUCGACAUCUAAUAUUCCUUUGCCAACUCUUGAGCCACAACAUGAUGGAGCUUUUAUUACUGAACCAAUGUAUGAGCUUUUGGAUGCUGGAAGAGUCGUUAAGGUGCCAUUGUUUAUUGGUAUUAACUCCGAGGAAGAAAUUGGCAUGUCUAAAAAUAUUCCUAACUUACAAUCAAUUGCCAAAAAAUUCGAUUCAAAUUAUGAAGCUUUGCUGCCUUGGCAGUUGAAGAGUGCAUCAGAAGAAAAUAGAACGAUUGCCGCCAAUUUACUUAAAGAGGCUUAUGUUGGAAACGACACUUUUACGAAUCAUUUGGGAAAAGUGAUUGCUUAUACUAGUGAUGCAGAAUUUACUAGAUCCAUCAUAAGAUUUGGAGAGAUGUAUGCCAGAUUUAGCCCAGUGUAUUUCUACCAGUUUUCUUACAAAGGCCCUUGGGGUAUUAAUACCUUUGAUUAUAUAGAUGGAGCUGAUAAUGUCAGUCAUGGAGAAGAAACCCGCUACAUAAGCGUUCUAAAAGUUGGCUCCUACGACAAUACCAAGUACGAUGAAUUUCCUGCAAGUGACGUUCUAACGCAUAUGCGUAUGAUCAAAUUAUGGUCAAACUUCUAUAAAUUUGGAAAUCCCACUCCUGAACCAAUUGAUUUGCUUUCAAACAUCACCUGGCCAACAGUUUCUGAAAAUGCCUUCACCUACCUACAUAUAAAUACUACUUUGGAACUAAAAGAUACCCCGAAAUCGCCGAAGUAUAAUGCUUGGAGAAGUGCAUUUUUGGACCAUGGGGUACGCCCUCUGGUAAUCUUUUAAAAUGUUUUUCUUCAAUAAAACUUUUUCUAUAGCUGUCAGGUUUAUUUAAACGCAUCAUUUGUCAAAAAUACAAAUAAAAAGAGGAGGCUUUAAUUUGA